UGCCCCUGAUCUAGCCCAACCCCCUGCCUGAGGCAGGAUCAUCCCUAUCCAAACCUGUACAGUUCAACAUCUAACUUCUGCAUGACUUUCAGCCUUGCCACAAAACAGACCUAAUCCCUUCACCUGCCACAUGUAAAGCAGGGGAACCACUCACGCCACCACUGUUCCUUCAGUGUGCCUGCCCCACCUCCCUCCUACAGUAGCCUGUGGCCGGGUUAGGGUGGGGGGCGAGUGGCCAGACAUGAAGCCAGCAACGGGGGGAGUGUUGGUGCCCCCUUGCUAUGGCACUGGGUGCCUCAUCGGUACGCCACUGUGUGCACAGCAUGAUUUUUUUUUUUUUUUAUAUAUAUUUUUUUUUUUGCAGCUUAGCGGGAAUGCUGGCGCAACCUUCCUGCUUCUAUAAAAGUGCUGCCAAUAUAUUCUCCUGGGUAACAUUUUGUGUGGCGUGAGAGGCUAGGUUAGGGAGCAGGCCUAGCUCCAUCUGUGGGAGGGCAGCAUUACAUAGGCAUCAGAGUCCUAGACUCUGACUCCUGCAGCCUGGGCUGCAUCGGUCUGUACUAGGCAGCUGCUGCCUCCAUUUUCCCCACCUGUAAAAUGGGGAGAAGGACAUUGGCUGCCGCCUUCGAGGAAGCAACAGUUGGAAGAAAGGAAGUGGAUAGAAUACUAAUUAUGAAACUGGUUGUUGGCCUUGGAGGUGUGACAAAUGGGGGGAAAACAACACUGGCAGAAAAGCUUAAGAAACUGCUUCCAAAUUGCAGUAUAAUCUACCAAGAUGACUUCUUUAAGCCAGAAUCUGAAGUAGAGACGGACGAACGUGGAUUUAAGCAGUAUGAUGUGCUUGAUGCCCUUUACAUAGAGGAAAUGGUGAAAAGUAUACAUGCAUGGAUAGAAAACCCAACUAGCUCUUCUUUCUCAACUGGAGACUCAAAGGUCACACAUGACAAUCUGAGAAGUGCACAAGAAAUUCACAUUUUAAUUGUUGAAGGCUUUCUCCUAUACAACUAUGAGCCUCUUAAUGAAUUAUGGAAUAGAAGAUACUUUCUAACCCUCCCAUAUGAAGAAUGCAAGAGAAGAAGGAGUACCAGAGUCUAUCAGCCGGCAGACCCACCAGGCUACUUCGAUGGACAUGUGUGGCCUAUGUAUCUGAAACAUAAAAGUGAAUUUGAAGAAAAGAUGAGCAACAUUGUUUAUUUGGAUGGUACAGAAUCCCAAGAAGAGCUUUUAUCACAUAUGUAUAAUGAUAUAAUACAGGAGCUAAAAAUACAGAAAAGUGAACAGGUCACAGCAUAACAUUUUGGAAGUUUGGAUUCUGUCCAGUAUUAAGUAUUUUAUGGUGUUAAGCAAAUAAGCUCUGAGAGCCCAAUAAAAUGUGUUGAACUCAAUACAUCAUCAAGUAGUUUUAGACAAUAUUUUUGGGCUUCUUCCCAAGAGUGAUAUUUCUAAUCAUGCAACACACUUCAACCUUGAUUUAAUACUUAAUCAUAAACUCAUUUUAUACCUAGAAAACUAGCCCUGAAUAUUUGAGAAAUAUUGUGUCAUAAGCAUAUAUGAAAGUACAUGUGCACAGUAGAAUGUGUAAGGAAACUGUUUUUCAAAUAUGAUUUCAAAAUGAUUGCACGAGUAAUAUAGAAAUAUAGAGGUAAUAGCUGAUAGAAUCAUAUAACGAAUAUACUGUGGUUAAGAAGGCAGCAACUGUUUUAGAAUAUCAUUUUUUAAGAUCAGAGAGAGAGAAAGUUCUGCUUUCAUAUGGUG